AUGGGGAAAAUAACCAGAGUGAGAACUGGUUGCUGGACAUGUAAGAGACGGCACAGAAAAUGUGACGAAACAAAACCAGAGUGCAACAAUUGCAAAAACACAGGAAGGAAGUGUGAGGGAUAUGGUAUUAGGCUCUCAUUUGACUUCUUUCAACAAGGCGGCGGAAAGAAGAGGAAGCCACUAACUCCGUUGGGGAAAGAGGAGGAGUCUGAGAAAGCUGCAACGGGUUUUCAACACGGCAGGGUUACGGAGCAACCUGUAAAUGAGAUACCAGAACAGCCAUCAAAGGAAUAUUCCUCGCAGUAUCCUAAUGAGCUCGCCACACAUUCAUCAAAUCACUCAGGUCGCUCUCCUGGUAUUGAAUUCCCAAAAACACUCAACGAGGAGCCGACUUUUCAGACCCCCACCCCACUAUUACAAGCUGUAUCAUCAAGUGCCAACUUGAACCAAUUCAGUAACGCCUUGUUUGAAGAUCUUCAAUCGAUUUUUUCAUCAAUAAACGAACCGUCUACAAAUGGAGCUUCUCUGGAUGACCAAAUCUCGCCAACAAUGAGUGAGCGCCACAACUUUGAUUUCCAAAUCAUUGAUUUCAUGGACAAGUCUCAAAUAUUCGAUGCCAAUCAUAAACUAUUGUUAAAGAAUUCCGACUCGAGCAAUAAUGCACCUAACAGUGCCUUGGCUGCACCUCCAGAUACAACGACGUUAUUUGCCAUGAGCUAUCAAGAAGAGAAUAUGAUGUUGAAACAUUUUUUCAAAAAGUUGUUGCCGUUAUUGGACGGACAUCCCAAGUCACCUUGGCCCGAUUUAGCUUUGCAGUAUUGUGAUUUUGACAUUGCCAGGAGCUGCUUCAUAUCGCUAGCGUGUAUUCAUUUAUACGAAAGUCGAGCUGGCGGGAACGAUUUGUAUCAGAAGGGUCUUGCUCAUAUAAAUAACACCAUGGACCACUUGAUUCACUAUAUCCGUGAAAACUCAGCCAAAAUGAAUAACGAGCCACAUGCAAACGAUGUAUUCACCGACCAGAGUAAGAAACGGGUAAGCCAUUUUGUCAUUUUGGUUCUUAUAAAUGUCCAUUUGCUAUUCGCUGUUGUUGAAAAGGGUAAAAGCUCAAUUGCGAGAGAGUUUUUCAAAAUCUUUACCACCAUAUGCAAAGAUCCAGUAUUUUAUAAUCAAGUGUUGAUGACAAGUGAGAAAAGAAGGUCGUUGGCUGUGGUGUUAAGUUGGUACGAUACUGUCUCUGCUAUUGUUUCACCAGAUUGCCGUCUUCCCUUUUGCCUUCCACAAUGGUACUCGAAAGCAACAGACGACGUUUCCACGUCGAAAAUGAUGGGUUGCCCUGGGGAAAUAUUUGUGGCAAUGGCUGAAGUGUGUCAGUUGCGAAAUAAAAAAUAUAACAAUUUGUUGACAGGUGAGGAUAAAAAUGUUGCAUACACCCGGAUCCGUUACUCGCUAAUGAGCUACCGCGAUUACGUUUUGGACUACGAUAAGGACAGGAACGAACCGUACACGAACAGGCUAAAGUGUGCAUUGUGUUGGUCUUUGGCAGUUUGGAUCACAUUAAACCGGGUGGUUGAACCAGACAACUAUCAAACAACCAAUCAAAAAUUAACCAGCGAGUUCAUUGACACAUACGACCUGAUGGACCCGAAAUCCUCAUUGGUUACCCAGAUGGUCUGGCCAGUCUAUGCAGUUGGUUGCGAAUGCAAAAACGAAUGGGAGCGGUCCUAUUUGAUCAAGUUUAUGGAUAAUCUUUAUGAGAACACGAAAAUGGGGACAACUGCGUCAUUGAAGGAAAUUGUUUUGAAUGUGUGGGAUACGGGUAUUUCGCAGGAGGAGUACUUGGUGGACUGGUUGGGUAAGGAGGUAGACUACUUGCCAUUGUAG